AUGGCUGCAGUCUACGGACCUGCUGAGGUCAAAGUCAGUAAGGAGAUCUACGACCGGGCCACGCUGGAGGUGCUGGUCCAGCCCAAAGUGGGCCUGCCAAGUGUGCGGGAGCGUUCCCAGGAGCAGUGUCUGAGGGAGAGCUGUGAGGCGGCGCUGCUGCUGUCCCUGCACCCCCGAUCCUCCCUCAGCCUCGUGCUGCAGGUGCUGCACGACGACGGCUCCCUACUGUCCUGCCUGCUGAACGCCGCCUGCAUGGCGCUGAUGGACGCCGGGCUGCCCAUGAGUCGGCUCUUCUGCGGGGUCAGCUGCGCCAUCGGGGCCGACGGCCGGAUCCUGACCGACCCCACGGCCGCCCAGGAGAAGAUUAAAGUGAACGGGGAGGAGUUUUUCCUGUUCCCGCACCGCCUGCCUGUGGAGCAGGUCCGAGCCCUGCAGAUCUCCGGAGACGUCCAGGUCCAGACCAUCAACGUGAUCGGGUCUGUUCCCUACUCCAGCUUGAUUCCAGGAGGGAUGUACCCUAAGAGGACGGUGAUCAUCAGAGGGAUGCUUCCAUACGGGGCAGAGAAGAUGGCGGUCAACUUCGUGGUGAGCCGGUCUAAGGACAUCGCCUUCCACAUGAACCCGCGGCUGAGGGAGGGCGCCGUGGUGCGGAACAGCCGGGUGGGGGGGAGGUGGGGGCAGGAGGACAGAGAGCUGGGCUCCAGCCCCUUCAUGGAGGGCCAGUACUUUGACAUGUCCAUCCGCUGUGGGAACCAGAGGUUCAAGGUGUUCGUGAACGGUCAGCACCUGCUGGACUUCUUCCACCGCGUGCCGCUGGCCGAAAUCGACCGGCUGGAGGUGGACGGCGACGUCCAGAUCUCCUACGUCCACUUCUGACCCGGUGGGCCGUUUCUGAACCCAUUCGGGAUUUUUUUCCAGAGAGUUCAGCCUCCCAAAAGAUGAAAUAAAUGAAGUUAAACCAGCUGGGUAAAAGCCCAGACAGAGAUAUGAACGAACUCAUUUAUUUCUU